AUGGGCACUCCGACUAUGAGCGGCUACUUUGGCAUGCUGCCGCCCGAGUUGAUGCGCGGCGUCCUCGACGAGCUCAAUACGGUCGACGCAGUGGCCCUGAUGCGGACCGGCAAAAGCCUGUACUCUCAUAUCGAGCUGGAAGUCUUCCGCUCCAAGGCCGCACGGGACGAUGCCAUGGAAUGGGCCAUCUGCAACGCCCAGCACAACGUCGUCCGCCGCCUCGUCAAUGUAUACGGCGCAUCGCCGUCGUUUUUCCGUGGCACCAUUGUCAUGCGAAACAUGACUGGUGGCUCUCGUGGGCGAGGCAGGAAAGUGGUGACCGUCCUGAAGGCACGGUCCACGCUGGUUGCCGUCUUGAAACGCUCGCCCGACAUCGAGACGACCAUGCGUGUAUUCACAGAGCUGGGCGCCAUACUGGACCCUGAGCUGUGUCCACGGUCCGAAAAGGACAUUCGCGAGGCGAGCUAUUCCUUGGAAGAGCUCCGCAAGGCCUGGCACCAGCAAAAAUUCACCUUUGCGCGGCGUAUGGUAUCCCUGCCGACCAAGACCGAGAAACAACAGCAGGACAAGCUCGCUGCACUAAAGUACUACUACGACACGGGCCGAGAUUCAUUCCGGGUGGAGCCCAGCAUUGUCCACUCACUGCCGCGCUUCAUCCGGUCCGACAAUGAUCUGCCCAUCGUCCGGUUCAUCUUGCUCCAGGAUCGCUUGCGCAUGCGGACAAUCCUCGACAUGACCGAAUCAUCACUGGCGAUUGGUGUUGGCAACUCAGUCGCAGACCGAAAAGCAAAACGCGGAGGGCCUGCAUACCCCAUUGUGGAUCGUCCAGAACGAUGCGGACCACACGGGGCACCACUUUCGCCUCUCUCGGCCGCCAUACUCUGUGAUGCGCAAAACAUUUUCUCCCUUCUACUCGAGCAUGGGGCAGACAUCAACGGGCCCACGCUGGAUUUCAAAAAGUACGGACCAACGACACAUGCCACGCACGUUCCCAUCUUUGCCGCCGUCCAAGUUUUUGCGCGGCGGAAACGUGGUGCAGCAGUCCAUCACUGGAUCGAGCGGUGCUGCCGCGCAGGCGCGAGCAUCAACCAUAUGGCCCUGUGCACAUUGUCCGGCAAGCACAGGCCCUACCAGCCAGUAUCGUCCUCGCUGAGCUACUACGCGCAAGGCUCGGCCUAUCCACCCAGUGCCUGUGUCUACUUCUGGGCCACACCAAUGGACGUCUACCUGGACUGCCUUCCGUUACCGUAUCUUCGCAGACGAACUAUGGAGCCAUUCGACGAGGUCAACGAUGGCUACGUACCUAGCGUUGAAGCCAACAUGAGAGAAUUCAGUUUUCACGGUGCAAUUGCGGAUAGUGCCAGCCGCCGGGCCCCGCCCCGCCUGCGCGAUCCUGACACCUCGUACAUCGAUGCUGAGCUGGACAGCAGCACAGUGAACGCGAAGCAGCGCAACACACUGUUCCGCCUGCACCCAUCAUAUGUGGAAUGGAUGUACAGGGGCGCACCCACCAAUCCUUCGCUGGACACAUGGCGCAACUGGAAGCGCAUUGUGUCCCCGACCACCGUUGAGAUUUUGCUUGACCGCGUUACCAUAUCCAGCAUGGCCUAUCCCGUGGCGUCUAGUUAUGUUGAGAUACUCAAAGAGGCUUUCGGGAGCGGCAGCGGCCAAGAGGCUCGACUCAUGUCCAAGUACGACGGUCCUGCACCCGAGAGCCAGUUCCCCGCCUGGACGUCGGGUGCCGAGUCGGUCGGCCGCCGGACGCUGGCCAUGCUGCUGCUGUGCGACGACGAGAACAAGUCCCAGAGCGUGCAGCUCCACCGUUAUAUUGUGUACGCGGUCCGGCGCGCUGAUAUGCUCUUCAUGGACAAGGUUCUGGACAACAUCGAACAAGUGUUUUCGGGCCCGUACUCGCAUAUUCAGGUCGAAGGAACCUUUGUCGCGAGCAAAAGAGACGACGAUGUCGAAUACCAGUGUUAUCUGGCCGACCGCAGCAAAAACCCGCACAUCAACUGGCACCAGCAGAGCCCGGAGCGCAUGAAAGACUGGACGGCGCUACACGAGAUUUGCCGGCUGUGGAACCUGCAGAUGAUUGACUACGAAAAGAGCAAGACCAACGCGGAUGUUCCUGACAAGCCGCUGCCCCGCUUUGCCCGUGAGCUCGCAACGACGAUGAAGCUGCUGACAACGCUCGUUGCGCACGGGUUCCCGCCGAUGCAGGUGGCGGGGAAUGGACUGACGCCCAUUGCCAUCUUGAGCUACGACCCAGAAUCGGUGUUGCAGCCCGCGAGCAAGUCGUUACUCAGCACGAUCGGUGACUUUAUGAAGACGGCGAUGGCUCUCACCAAAAUGAAAGACAGCCUGUGA